AUGUCAAGAGGAAAUCUUUAUCAAGCAAAGACAUAUGCAUACAAAGAGUUUAUCAGUACAUAUUUGCCAUACAUUGAUCGCGUUUUUGCAUGCGAUCUUUCAGAUUCACUUUUCCAAAGUGAUCCAUUCAAAAAUUUCAUGCAUCAAGAUGCAGUUUUUUGUUAUACCGAAAAUAUUACUUCCGCGCAAGAAGGGGAAACAGAUUUCUUUUCAAAUUAUUUAGGCGGCCAAUACUGGCUUCCAAAUACCACUCUUAUUGUUACUCCUGGCGUAUACAUGGGCAGUCCAAUAGAAAUUAUUAAGCUCAUGGAUUUAAUCCAAACUUUUUGGUCACUUACUCCUGAUACGCAUUAUAUGACCGACCAACCACCGACAACGAUGAUUUUCUACAAGAAAUUUUAUGCUGACCACAAUAUAAACUUCAAAACCUUUAAUUGGUGUGAAGGCUGUUCUUCUGUCAACGUGAACUUCAUUACGAACGCAACUUUCGGAAAUAUAUCGAUACUUGGAUGUACAAAACAUCCUUUCUACAUACACCACUACAAUUACAGACCAGAUAUUCUCAGAUCUUUUUAUUUCCAAUGUCCACCGAAGAAAUACUUAUCUAAUCAAGAUUAUCUGAUGGGGUUGUCCAAUGAUGAUCUUAAUGAUUUAUUUGAUGAAGUUAUGAAAAGGAAAAAAUCAAAAAAGAAAUAA